AUGACAGGGAAACUAGCGGAGAAGCUCCCUCUUACAAUGAGCAGUUUAAUUAACACCAUCCCUGACAGCCUGUAUCCCGAAGAGGACAUCCCGACGUCUAUGAAUAUUUUCACCAGUUCGGAAUCUAUAAACCACUACGCACAAAUGAACUCCGACAAUAUCAUGGACCUGGGCAUGGGCAGUGAAAAGGGCUCAUCUGAAAUCCAGUAUGGUUCCAGCUUCCAGACGAACCGCAGCGGGCAGACGGUGACCUACCUGGGGAAGUUUGCCUUUGACACCCCUCCGUCGGGCAGCAUCGGUGGUUCUGGCUGGUGCUCUGACAAUAACAUCAUCAGCCUGGUGAGCGCGGGCAUCCUGGGGGUCUCACCAUCGCCUGGCGCGGUCACGACCCAGACCCCUUCCUCUGCGGGCAGCAUGGGUGGCCAGGCAUCGGACAUGGAGCAGGUGUACGGUCCCCCGCUGCCGGCGUACUCCACCUGUAGUGAUCUUUACCAGGAUCAAGUGCAAUUCCACCACAGUCCUGCCACCAGCUCUGCCCUGCCCUACCCCACAAACGACUACCAUUCCACCUCCAAAGCCUCUAUGGACGGCAGCCUUUUCUCAAUGAUACCCGACUAUAACCUUUUCCAUCACCAGGGUGAUGUGGGAGUCAUGGAACACAAGCCCUUCCAGACCAUGGACCCAAUUCGAGUCAACCCUCCUCCUAUCACCCCUCUCGAGACUAUCCGGGCGUUCAAAGACAAACAGCAGAUUCACCCGGGUUUCAUCGGCGGGCAACAGCACCCUCCCCAGCAUCACCCUCCACCCCAGACUCUCACCCUAAAGCCCAUACGGCCACGAAAGUACCCCAACCGCCCCAGCAAGACCCCCGUUCACGAGCGACCCCACGCCUGCCCCGCAGAGAACUGUGACAGGCGUUUUUCGCGCUCCGAUGAGCUGACACGGCACCUGCGGAUCCACACCGGGCACAAGCCUUUCCAGUGCCGGAUAUGCAUGCGCUCCUUCAGCCGCAGCGACCACCUGACCACUCACAUCCGCACGCACACAGGGGAAAAGCCCUUUUCCUGUGAAUUCUGUGGACGCAAGUUUGCAAGAAGUGACGAGAGAAAGAGACACGCUAAAGUUCACCUCAAACAGAAAGACAAGAAGCCAGUGGAUAAAAGCAGUGGUGCGGCUGGCAGUCACAGCUCACCCCCCAGCUCUUGUGGAGGGCCCACAGUGGGAGCAUCAUGA